AUGCUUGCUCUCAACACUCGAAUGCAUUCAUACACGAAAAUUGCGUAUCUCUUUCACAGCAACGAAAGUUACGACAUGAAACCGGAGAAGAACACAGAACGAUUCUCUCUCCGCAUGACAGCAAUAACAGCAACAUCAAAAAGUACGGCGUUGACAAGCACAUCCUUCUCAGCCUCACGAGGCGGGCUUAUCAUUUCAGUCAUGGAGAAUUCCCUUGCAUCGCCACAGCAUUAUCUGAUCCGUCCAAGCCGACGGUCGCUUAACCCAAAGCUCUUGAACGAGCCCUCCUUUUCAUCUCUGUUUCGGCGCUCCUAUUCAAGUCUUCGCAGCCCAGAGCAAUUUCCGACUUUUUCUCCCAAGCUCAGGUGGCUUUUGCUCUUCUUCACCGUCAGUAUUGUUCGAACCACCACAUCAUCAAAGUAA